AUGUUGGCUCGCAAGGAGGAUAACGUAGCGCCUCUUAACUACAAGAUGCGCGGCGUGCCCGCCAACGAGCGCAUGUACACCCUCCGCACCCGGCCCCCGUCCCUCCUGCCCCCGUCCCCCCUCAGCCUCGCGUCAUCCGGAGACAAGUCCUUAGCCACCACCACCCAUUCCCCCUCCCUGGACCCUCCGGCCCCUCCAUCCACCGCCAGCUUCGUGUGUUACGUGUGCGGGGUGCCGGCGCCGUCGUCGCAACUGCGGCUGGUGUACUGCUGCCCCAAUCCGGAGCGGGAACCUACGUACUACCCCAUUUUAACGACGUUCCAACGUCACCAGGACGCUAGCCCGAUCAGCCCGCAAGGUAUGGUGCAGAUUUGUGCGUCGUGUUACAAAAGUAUACCUCACAAAUACCCCGCGUACGGGGAGAACGGGGAACCGAACCCGGCACACAACAACUCACACACCAACAAUAUUAGGUGUUACGUAUGCGCCGGCCUAUGUCCGCCCCACGCGAUGGAAUGGCUGUCUACCACCGCGGAGUACAUGAACUCCCACGCGAUGCAUUUCCCCUGCCUCGCGGGGGCGGGGGCCGGGGCGGGGGCGGGGGCCGGCGUCGGGAGGGGGGGCCGCGUGCUGGCCUGCAGCCGGUGCGUGAGGCAUCUGGCCAGGCAGUGGGAGCUGAUGGACGCGGAGCGGGUGCCGCUAGAACAUAGGAGAUACAACAUUCCGUCGCCGCUGCCUUCAAACUCGUCAGCCAAUGGCGAGAGAGUCAUCCCCACCCCUCCCUCCACCACGUCGGAGAGAACCGUGGCUAGUAAUAGCGAAAAGCGCGAAUACAACUGGCUCCAACAACCACCCCCGCCUGAGGACUCCGCCGACGUCACCAUCGCGCGCCUGCCCUCCGGCGACCGAUCCGACAGGCUGGUGAGUGUGUGUGUGUGUGUAUACAUAUGUAUACAGCAGCCUGAGGACUCCGCCGACGUCACCAUCGCGCGCCUGCCCUCCGGCGACCGAUCCGACAGGCUGGUGAGUGUGUGUGUGUGUGUAUACAUAUGUAUACAGCAGCCUGAGGACUCCGCCGACGUCACCAUCGCGCGCCUGCCCUCCGGCGACCGAUCCGACAGGCUGGUGAGUGUGUGUGUGUGUGUAUACAUAUGUAUACAGCAGCCUGAGGACUCCGCCGACGUCACCAUCGCGCGCCUGCCCUCCGGCGACCGAUCCGACAGGCUGUUCUGUCCGUUUAUAACUCUAUGCCAAUUCGUACUACGCAUGCGCAAAUUGUGGUGGAUAGCGCCGACAUUGCGCCGCGACGAGCACGUAGCUAUCGAGACAUAUUUGCUGCAGACACAAACAUCCGACAGCCACGCGUCCCGCUAG